GUGAGGAGUGAAGCAUUUUUAACCCAUCGGGAGUGAAGUAAAUCUUUUACUUGAGUAAGAAGUCUUUGUGAAGUUAUGAAUCACUGAUAGAGAAUACGACUGAAAAUGUUGAAAACAUUGAAGUGUGGAAAGGGAACCUACUGUACAAUUCAAAAAGCGUUGAUACAAAAACGAUCGUUUCUGUCCGAAGCGUACCGGUGCGAAAAAGCAUGGCAAUCUCGGCUUGAAACUCCGUUAUUGAAAAAAAUUAAACCACAAAACUUAUCCUUAGACAUAGAACAUAAGCAUAUAACUGCUGGGAAAGUAAAUGCACUGGAUAUCGACAUUUUCGCGAACACAGUAUUGGAAAAAUAUCAAGUUGAGGAACUGUUGACUUCAAUUCAUAAUUUAAGGUUAACUGCUGAAACGUCGAACACAUUAGAGUCAACACAUCAUGCUGUCAUUAGGUAUUUGUUGGAUAAUGAUUUUACCGAAGAUAUUAUAAACGUAUUGCACGACAGACUCAAUUAUGGUAUUUUUCCCGACCAUUUGUGUUAUAAUAUACUUAUGGACACAUACAUAAAAAAGAAGGACUAUGUUAGUGCAGCAAAAAUUGCUGUUUUACCUAUGUUACAAGAAGAUUAUGAGAAUCAAAUAACUAACGCAUUGUCAGUAUACUCCUGCUACAAAUAUUUGGAAAAACCUGAUGAUUGGCCAAAGCCACCAGUUUCUAUAGAUGAUUCCAAAGAAGAAAUUAAAAUACGCGUGGAUUAUCUUAGGAAUCCUUUCUUUGAUGAUCAUUUUGAUCUUACAGAUCCACGUGAUUUGGUAGGAAAAACAUUAGCUUUCUAUGGAAAAAUUAUGAAUAAUACAUUAGGCAGGACUUGUCAGUUAAGAGGCUUAAUAUUAUAUAAAAAGUAUCAAGAUAUAUUGGAGUUAAUAGAAAAGUGGUUGAGACAAGAGAAUGAUAAUAUUAUAUAUGAAGAAAUUUUUGAGUUGAUAAAAAAAGAUAAUGAAAACCUACCUGUAGAAGAAAUGACAGAUGAAUUUAAGAAUGUAAUGUCCCAAGUUGAAAAAUUAAAAACUGUAAGUCUGUGUAAAGAUAAUUUAAUCCAAGCAUUGGAGAAUGAAAUUAAAUGUGCAGUUGAUAAACAAUCUGAGACAGAUAUAAAUGAACAAAUAAAGAAAUAUAUUGUCUGGGGAGAACAAAGACAAAACCUAUUAAAUGAACAAUUAGAACAGAUAAAUCGAGAAAAAAGAAUACAAAAUAUUAAACAAAUAAAGAAAAAAUUACAAGAACAAGAACAACUUUUGACAUUCUUUGACAAAGAAGAAGAAAUAGAAUUAGAAAUAGAACACUUAGAAGAAAAAGACAAAGAAGAAAUGGAACGCGUUCUUAAAAUGCAUCAUGCUGUAAAGAAACUCAAACAAUUGGAGACACAAGCAGAAUAUAUACCACCAACUGUUACAAAAUAGAUGUUAAAUAACUAGUGUAGUCAUAAUCGAUGAAUGAAACUUUGUAGUUGAAAAUUGUUUAAUAAAAUUGUAUUUCAACAGAAGUUAUUCUUGAAAGGAUAUAGAAAGGAUGAUAAUGGUAAGAGACAAUAAAAAUAUAUUAAAUGUUAUUUAUCUUUCGUAUUUUGUACAUAAUCACUUAGAAGUGGUUUUUAAAUAUGUAGUACUUAUGUUUGUAGUAGAUUUCU